AUGGCUGGAAGCACAGCGCUCCCCAAUGCGAAUAUCCAAGGCCUUUCACGCCACAUGGUGAUCUCAGAGGACCUGAGACGUUUGACAUAUGACAAGGCAAUAGCAGUGUCCCAUGUGCUGCGUGAGAAAGCCUUCAUUGGCAUUUGUGAGCUGAAGGCUCACACCCACAGUUCUCUCCCUCUCACCUACAGUGUGAGGAAUGCACGGGCCAUCGAUCAAGCCGGGUUGGAUGGCAUCAAAGAUAGCAUCAUUGAGGACAGUGGUCCAUCAAGACUACGACCAGAUAUGCCAGUUGUGCUGUUGAUCAGCCAACCCUGGGUGACCAGUACUGACUGGCCAAAAAUAAUCACGCCAGAUAACCAUAAGUCAUUGGCAGUUCUUGAACUGAGUGAGGUGGGUUGGCUAGCAGCAAGGGCUGGCCAAUUGCAAGUUCUAAAUGGACAACAUCGAAUUGGGGCAUUACAGGCUGCAUAUGCAGCGGUAGCCGGUGAGGUAAAGAAGUAUGGGGAAGCAGUGGAAGGGAAGGUGGUUGAUAAUAUGGCGACGUCGGAGGAGAGGGAAAUAUAUCGGAAGGAUGAGGAGAGGUUGAAGGAAUGGAAGUUAAAGCUCCUAGAGCUUGUGACAUGGCCUGCUGCGGUGUAUGAUUUGGGCAAGUGGAGGAAAACACAAAAUUCGUGUCCAAACUGA